ACAGUUCUGAGACACUGACUUGUCUGGACGAGGCACUUGAUCUCUUCCACGACAACAAGCAAAUUCUUGUCGACCUUGGCAUUCGGAAUUCCUUUAACCUACCCAAACUCCAUUUCGCACUUCACUAUGCUCAUAUGAUUCGAACGUACAGCACAACGGAUAAUUACAAUACCGAAUACACGGAACACCUUCACAUCGACCUCGCUAAAGAUGCGUAUCGUUCGACAAACCACAAGAACGAGUUUGCGCAAAUGACAACCUGGCUUGAACGGAGGGAGAAAAUACUACGCCACGAGACAUAUAUUCAAUGGAGACUCAUUGCAGGCACUGCGCAUCACCCAGGUCGUCAGCCUCGUCCUCCGGAGAUGUCAUUUCGUCGUACUCAGACAAUGUCAAAGCAUCCGAGCAUCAAGGCAGUCACAUUGGACAAGGUUGUGAACGAAUAUGGCGCCACAUAUUUUCGUGAAUCUCUCGCAUGCUACGUUGUGAAAGCCACCCUUCCUACAAACACUACUAUUAGGCCUAGGCAGCUCGAAGAUCAAGCUGCUGACAUAUACAUCCCAUUUCGAACCCUGCCCGUCUUUCACAAGGUGAAGUGGGUGUCAGUUGAUGUUCGUGGCCAGGGUGAUCCCCCAGCCACAGUUGAUAGUGUACAUGCACGUCCUGGACGUUCGAGACCAUUUGCAUCGGACAGUGUCGCAUCUCGUUUCGAUACUGCAUUUGUUAAUGAUGGCACAGGUGGGACACUUGGUAUCAAAGGAUAUCGAAUUGGACAAGUCUGUUUGAUCUUCUCGAUCCCUCCCAAAGCUAUCCCUAUACUCUUUCCAUCAAAUUUCCGACCUCCAAAGCACCUUGCGUACGUGGAAUGGUUCUCCGCUUUCCAGGCACCUGAUCGCAAUCAUGGCUUGCGCAAAGUCUCACGCACCAUCAAAAACGGAGAACGAAUAGCUAGCAUUGUUCCAAUCAGCAACAUUCAUCGCAGUGCACAUCUAAUUCCACAUUUUGGCCCCAUUGCCCCCCGUGAAUGGAGUUCUACUAAUGUUCUCGACGAGUGUCCUUCGUUCUUUGUAAAUCCAUACUUGGACAGACAUAGUUUUGUAACAUUG